AUGCGACUCACAGUAGAGUUGAUCCAGAACUCCCUCUCUUACCUCAACCCACUCAAAGAGCGAGAGCUCGAUCUUCGAGGCCAUAAGAUUCCCGCUAUUGAGAAUAUGGGUGCUGCGAAGGACCAUGACGCCAUCGAUCUCACCGACAAUGACAUCUCCUCUAUCUCCAACUUCCCUUUCUCCCCGCGCCUCCGAACCUUGCUUCUCGCCCGCAAUCGCGUCUCGCAUAUCAACCCAUCGAUAGCAUCCUCGAUCCCAAACUUAACAACCCUAGUCCUUACGGCGAAUAGCGUUGCAGAGCUUGCGGAUCUGGAGCCAUUGAAACUUUUGACGAAACUAACACAUUUAUCGCUACUGGAGAAUCCUGUGACAAAGAAAGAGAAUUACCGCCUCUGGGUAAUCUUCCUUCUGCCCACAGUACGCUUUCUCGAUUACCGAAAAGUCAAGGACGUGGAACGAAACCGUGCCGCGGACCUUUUUGGCACCCCUUCAAACCCCACCCCUCUAACCUCCAAAAUUAUGGGCAUUAAAUCUCGCACUUUCGACCCCUCGACAUCAUUGCUUAGAACAGGAACAGCACGCGAUACAUCGUCACAACAAACCGGCGAGCGACCAAUUCGCGUUAAACUUACGGAAAAGGAGCGGAAACGAGUGGAGAAAAUGAUCCGGGAAGCAAAGAGUUUACAGGAAAUUACGAAGCUUGAGCGGGAGUUGAAUGAAGGGAGGAUACCCGGUGGUGCGCUAGGAGAUGGGGUUGAUGAUAAUGAAGCAAAAGAUAACGACACUGAGAUGGCAAUGUAA